AUGCCAAGGAAACCUUGGUACACCGUUAGUAAUGCAGCCGGAAUUGUAGCUGGCCCUAAUAGUCAAACCCACGCUACUCCGCAAACGGAUGGAACGCAUGAUACGGAAGCAGAUACUUCAAGUGCACAGCGACGUGCAAGAGCCCCUCCACCUCCGCAUUCCGGCAACGGUGCUCGACAAUCCCGUGUUAACGCGGUACCCUUUCGACCACCUCGCAAUGAAACACGGCUGGCUUCGUCAAGUGACAUUAGGGACGCUCGAGCUCCUGCGACAAAUAGAAAGCAUCCACCGGAUUCACAUGAAGGUGUAGAUGACCAUUCAGAAGAUGAAGACUAUGACCCGGAGACGGAUGAGAUCGAGUCAUUCGAUGACCAUCUAGACAACAUGUUUGCCGCACAUGAAGUAUUCCUCCAGCGGGGAAUUCUACAAAGAAUAGGAAGUUGCUGGAGGAAUUCAAGAAAUCAUUUGUUCCAUAAGGUUUAUGACGAAGAACUAACUUUUGAGGAAAAUAUCAAGCGUAAGCCAGCAGGAAUAGAGGCAAAUCACUGGAAAAAGUUUCUUCAAUAUCGGUUGGACGAUGACACGAAGGAGAAGUGUAGAAAAAAUGCCAUUAAUCGUUCAAAGCAACAAUACACACAUACCGGAGGAGCAACGACAGGAAGGCCUAUUGGGAGAGGAGAGGGAUGGACCAUGAGUCAUAAAAAAAAGAAUGGAAAGUAUAUGAAUGAAGAAGCGCGUUUGGUUGGGGAAGCAAUUGAACUUAUUGAGAGCCAAGACCCCUCUAGCAAGGAAUUUUCACAGAAUGAUUCCCUUGCACAAGUGCUUGGAAAGGAGCACCCAGGAAGAGUUCGUGGACUCGGUAUUGGUACAUGUCCGAGUCGGUGUUUUCGUAACAUUUCAGAGCAGUCGGACUACGGUGUACAGAUUGAGGAGUAUCAGAUGGAGAUUAUGAAACUCAAGGCGAAGGCAGCAGAACUCAAGGCAGCAGCAGCAGAGGAAAAGGCUAAGAGACAGAGAAUGGAGACAGAGGCAGCUGAAGGGAAUGCAAAAAUACAGACAAUGAGAAAUUUGUUGACAUACGUAAUCCAGCAACAAGGAGGUAAUUUGCCACCUGAAAUAGCUGCGGAUUUGGAUUCUUUGAGAAGUGCACCAACCUCAUCCCAUGCAAGAUGA